AUGAACGUCACUAUUGUCGGCGCAAACGGCGAGGUAGGCUUGUCCACCAUCGCAGCACUUACAGCUUCUUCUACCAAGUUUAACUUGACCGCAUUUGUUCGACCUGCUUCCAUCAACAAGCCCGAGAUUGAACAAAUCAGGCAGAUGGGAGCCUCGGUUGUGGCCAUCAACCUCGAAAACAAUCACCAAGAGCUUGUAAAGGCUCUUACCGGCCAGGAAGUUGUCGUCAGUUCUCUAGUCCCAUUCACAACUGGUCCCGAGAUUGCUCUGGCAACUGCUGCCAAGGAAGCUGGAGUGAAGCGUUUUGUUCCUAGUGCCUUCGGCCCAAGUUGUCCCCCUUAUGGUGUUAUGCUUCUUAGGGAAUUUAAAGAAAGCAUCAUCAGCCACGUCAAGAAAAUCUACCUGCCCUACACCAUCAUCGACGUUGGUUUGUGGUACCAGGUUUCUCUCCCGCCUCUCCCAUCUGGCAAGAUUGAUUACGCCCUCAAGUUCCCUGCCACGGUCAUUGCUGAGGAUGGCUCCCAUGCCACAGCCAUCACGGAUCUUAGAGACAUUGGCAAAUACCUGGCCAGGAUUAUCACGGAUGACCGUACUCUGAACAAAUCUGUGUUUGCAUACAAUGAGGUCUGGACUCAGGAACAGAUUCAUAGCCACCUCGAGAAAGUCAGCGGCGAGAAGAUCCCUCGUAAUCUGAUGGCAACAAAGGACAUCGAAGUUACUAUCGCCACGGCUCAAACUGCGUAUGACCAGAGUGACAAGUCCCUGCCUUUCAUCUUUGGGCUUGCAGGUCCCCAGUACCUAUACUGUGAAUGGUUCCGUCAGGAUAAUCUGCCAGAGCGCGCUGAGUACCUAGGCUAUCUCAGCACCAAGGAUCUCUACCCGGACUUUGAGGCAAUUAAAUAUGUCGACUAUGUGGAUAAGGUGAUGGAGGGCAAUGCAAAGUCUAUCUAUGCCAACCGUGGAUAG